AUGGAGGAGCAUGAUCUGGUAUCCAAAGAUGGGCAUGCCGAGAGUGCAGCCGUCGCGGAGCCCAACGAGACUCAAGAGAGCAAUCUCACGGCCCUGCCCCUCGCGGAACGAAGCCUGCCCGAUAACUCUUCGAAGUCCACCAGCGAUAGCGAUGCAGUCGAGCAGUCGGCGCACAGCCAGGACGCAGAUACCGGCAAUGAAGGCGCUGGGAGGAUACCGGGCCAGAUGCACAAUGUGGAGGACCGGAUAGAAGCCACGCUGCUGAGCAGUCCGUCAGGUACCGUCAGCCACGACGAUGGCCUCUCAAGACCACGUCAGUCUGCGCACGUGGUUGCAUCUGCUCGUGCGCUGAUGGCGGCGGAUGCACGGUCUGCUGCGCAAGCUGCUGUAGAGGCUGCUGCAUGGCAAGCCAAUCCACAGCUCAGUGGAAGCAGUGAGAUAUUCAGCAGUCCGAGGCGGCGAGCGGAGGAGUAUUUGGCUGGUCCGUCUGCAAGUCAGAGCACCUGCCGUUCGGGUUCCGAAGACGGGCGCCGUCGUUGGAAGACUUCUUCCAGCAAUUUAGUCUCUGGCUCUUCCUCGCUCCAAUCUCUCCCGUCAGUCGGCCGUGCUGGGGCUGGACCCACUGGAGCAUCCAGGGCGUGGCACCAAGGGCUUUCAAGACGGUUGGCAGAGGUGCACAAUGCUGUUCAAGAUUAUCGUCAUCGAUUGUUGAAAUCCCUUGGCGCCCUUUCUGAUGUCAAGUCAGCCCUUCAUGAUGCUGAUGCGCGACGGCAGCAGGAUGCAAACGGAGCGGAGCUUUUGCUGCCAGAGGUGUGGGAGAUCGGCCGUGCACUGCUGGAUGGCGAUCUCGCCGUUGCGUCAUCGGUGCAGCUUAAGGCUGAGGAGGAAGCACAGCUCCAACAGGAGCUGAAAGCCAAGCUUCGUGUGAGUUCUGCGGCUUUGGAGGUCGAGGCUGUGCUGGGCGGCUGUGAUGAGCUCCGGGGUCGCAUUGAGGAGGUGCAAAGACGCCUUCGAGAGACCAGGGGCCGAGAGUCUCAAAAGCUGAGCAAGGCCCAGGCGCAUGCGUUGAUCCGCUCCUUCACAGCUGUACUCCUCCCACAGCUGCCUCAGCUGAUGCAAAUCGAAGAGAAUUCAAGGACUGCCUCCGAAGCAGCGGCCAUUCGUUUUCUCCACGCUGCUAACGCUGCUCAGACUGCUCACUCCGAUGGAUCAGCUGCUGUACCAAGAGGACCAUCUGCUCUGGCGAAAGCAAGAGCUGCGCGAUCUCGGCAAUGA